AUGGGCGUCAUGAAAUUUCCACGUCCAACGGGCAUCCAUGUGCCCGGUUCACCCACGCGUCUGCUCACAAAUGAGAUGAUCUCGCCUCCUCUCUCGCCUGAUUUCACCUUUGACUCGGAGGUGGUCCUCCCUUCUAUCCUGCCCGCCCUCGAAUACAUCUCCUCCAAGCUCCAACAAAAGACCAUGCACGUCACCCUCCUGGUGGGUCGCGGCAAACCCUACCCCACGGGCGAGCCAUCCGACUUGAUGGUCAUUCCCAUCACCCCUCUGGAUGCCGCUUCAUGGCGGGUACUCGAGCGAACCAUCGCCAAAGGAGCCCGAAAAUUCUCGCUGGGGUCCAGCUGGACCGAAGCUCUCAGCCGCAGUCAACACGAGCGCAAGGCCAACGAGUACUUGGUCCAGCAGUCUAUCCUCCAGAACGAGGUCAUCUUCAGUCAAGAGGGUCUCACCCUCCUCAAUAUGGAUCGCAUCUACAUCUUCAAGCGUCGCAUGUGCAUUCUCUCAUCCCGACCCUUUUCCCGCUCCGACGAACAGGCCAUGACCUCGUGCGUGCAACUGUUACACCGCAUCAUCCAAGAUUUUCAAGGCCGCCCUUUCAGCAAGGCCUUCUUUCACCGUAUCUACGAGCAAUUGGACAUCAAGGAUGAAUUGCUCGCGACAAUCGCUACGGCACACCGAGCCACCUACAACCAAGAAGCCAUCAUCAUCCCGUCAUCAGCGCUCCCUAAGGUGGAAGAAAACAACACUCGCAAGUCACCCAUCCACCCUGCUCCUAUUCGCACCGUGCUUGCCCGUCGGCAACCUGUGACCAAGGUCACACCUGCCCUGGUCAACACCCUCCGGGGGCUUCCAGCCAGCCCGGCGCCAACCAAGGAGAAGACGCACAAGGCGAUCCACCCCCCGGUGAAAGCAAGCCCACUCAAGUCAAGUACGAGAAAGCCACACUCCAGCAGACGCGGACCCAAGACUCCGCUCUCUGCAUCAGAUGUCACCCCCAUCACGCGGAAUGAGUGGAAUUUUGUUGUCGGUCACGAUAUUCGGAUCCAGCCUACAGUCACCAAGUGGACCCCUUCGCCAACUGUGUACGCCGUGGCUUGA